CAUACACUGUGAUGAUAAUGUCGAAAACUCGUAGGUACCCUGAUAGCUACAUGGAAGAAUGGAUAGAGUUUACAACAAAGAGUGUGUCCUAUUCAUACGGUGGUGACAUUCUUGAGUACAUGUCUGGGAUUGAUUUAUCUUGUAACAGGUUAACUGGGCAAAUCCCACUCGAAUUGGGAAACUUGAGUGAAAUCCGUUCGUUAAACUUAUCACACAAUAAGUUGAUCGGAGUCAUACCUUCAUCAUUUUCAAAGCUUAAGCAAAUCGAGAGUUUGGACCUUUCUUACAACAACUUGACUGGUAGAAUCCCUAUACAGUUGGUUGAGUUGAACUUCCUGGAGGUUUUCAGCGUGGCACACAACAACUUGUCAGGUAGUACUCCAGACCCAAAAGCUCAGUUUGGGACCUUUGAUGAAAGCAGCUACGAGGGAAACCCUCUUCUCUGUGGGCCUCCAUUGCAAAAUAACUGCUCUAAAACUGAGUCACCACCAACAGUACCGACUACAACAGACAAUGAAGGAGAAGGUAGUUUCAUGGACACAUAUGUUUUUUGUGUGAGCUUUCUGGUUUCAUAUGUAAUUGUUUUAUUGGGAAUUUUUGUUGUUCUAUACAUAAAUCCAUAUUGGCGACAAGCAUGGUUUUCUUUCAUUGAGAGUUGCAUCACUACCUUUCGCUACUCAAUUGUGGGCAAUUUUCUUGAGUUAUACAUCUUCAGAAGAUGUGCCUAGGUAUCAUGGGAGCUCUUAUGAUUUGCCUUUUGUUUGAAUGUGGUGAAGAUUUGGAUAAAGUUGAUUUUGUUGUCAGAAGAAGUUUGGUGAUUUGAUCUUUUUAAAUGGGGGAUUUCUUUUAGCUGACUGUUCUGUUAAAAUAGUUGUAGGAAGAGUUGUGGAUUUUGCACUUUCAACAGAGCUUUAUGUCUCUGUCGAAACUCUGUUUUUGGUAUUUGUUUUGUUUUGAAGGAAGCCUGUAGCUUUGUGUCUUGUUGAUUUUAUUUUCUACACAAAUAUUCAAUUCUCUAUUCUCCAUCAUCUACAAGUUAUUAUUAAUAUCUUUUCCAAGUUAUUAUUCAAAUUGGCAAAUUUUUCCUCAUUAGUUUUGGCUUAGUUUUGAGCUUCUAGUAAAUGAUUUCUGGCAUAAAUUGCAGCGAAGGCAAAGAUUGCUGGCUAUGGCCUACCAAGAACUUUCUAAAGUUGUAUUGGUUGGAUUCAUUUGUUUUAACCAGAUUUUAUAUCGAUCGUAAAAAGCUUUUUCAAUUUAUUUUCUUUGAUGCUU